AUGUAUACACGCUACGCCGAACCCCACAAGCGUGAGAACAAUGCUGGUCCAGGCGAUCAUCGUGCGACAGCCAAGAAAGUCGUCGAGGACCAGGAUAUCGUCGGCAAGUGGACCGACAAGGUGGUCCUCGUCACCGGCACUUCGAGCGGUAUCGGUAUCGAAACCGCUGCUGCCAUGAAACUGACCGGUGCGAAAGUCUACAUGACUGUCCGCAACGUCGAGAAAGGCAAGGCGGCACUCAAAGACAUCCUCGAGCCCGGCAAAGCUGAGCUUCUGGAGCUGGACCUGAACUCCCUCGCCAGUGUCCGAGCCUGCGCUGCUGCGUUCCAGGCCAAGGAGUCCAAGCUGAACAUUCUCAUCAACAAUGCCGGGGUCAUGGCCGUGCCCCACCACACCGUUACGCAAGAUGGCUUUGAGACCCAGUUUGGUGUCAAUCAUCUCGCACACUUCUUGCUUUUCCGGCUCCUGAAGCCGCAACUGCUCGCCGGUUCAUCGCCAGAGUUCAAUUCACGCGUCGUGAACCUGUCGUCUGUGGGUCACCGCAGCAGCCCGACCAUCCUGGACGACUUGAAUCUCGAGUCCAAAUACGAGCAGUGGAUGGCUUAUGGGCAUGCAAAGACCGCUGUGAUCUGGUCAGCGAACGAAAUCGAACGACGCUAUGGCAACAAAGAGGCCGUUGCGAGCGGCAAGGCGAUUCACGCCUUCAGUGUAAUGCCCGGCGGCAUCAAGACCGGCUUACAGACGUUUGUGCCAGAAUUUGAUGUCAUGUGGGAGAUUCCUGAGGUAGCAAAGGCUAUGAAGACACCUGCCCAAGGUGCUGCGACUAGCGUGUGGGCAGCGGUUGAAAAGGAGUUUGAGGGGACAGGUGCCAUGUACCUUGAGGACUGCAUGGUCGGAGAGCCAGCCAAGGAAGGUGCGCAGCUGGGCGACACUGGCUAUGCAUCCUGGGCAUUUGAUGCAGAGAGUGCUAAGAAAUUGUGGGAAGAAUCUUGCGAGCUUGUUGGCGUUAGAGACGCCUGA